AGUUCACGGGGGUGAAUAUUUUCAAGAAGCCAAAGAAAAUAUUGGUGAUCGUACAUUUAAUAAAUUGGGUUGGGUAUGAUUUAGGACUUUUAAACGUAAGCAUUAGAUAUUUUGCUCACUAAAGUUAAUUCUUAACAUUCAGCAGAGUUGUAAUAUGUUUUGUUCAGAUCAGAUUCUAUAAUUCACUUUCCAAUUUAAGAGAAACUUAAAGCAGGUAAUUUUCUGAUGUGGAAUGAGGCUCCGUUAUGAAUUGAACCAGUUAGAAAUGUGAUCUUUUGUGAAAGAUCAUUAAUAAAACGGUAACUUUGGUUUAUUUAUAUACCACCUGAGCGUUAUAUAGGAAACUUUAUUGGGUGCCUGUGGGUUUUGGUUACUAUGUGAUAUGGUCUCUGUCUUUACUGGUGGAGAGUUAGGUUAAUUACAAAUUAAUUACAUCUUGAGUGUUUUAGUUUUGUUCCUUGAAACUAGGCAAGACUACUUUUGAUGACAAUGAGAAAAAAUCAUGUCAGACAUUUUCCGUCUUCUUUUAUAGCUGGAACGUGAAAAUGCCCAGUUAAGAAAUAUAAAUUUCUGUUUGUCUGAAGCCCUUCAUGCCCACUCAUUGACAAGCAUGAUCCUGGAUGAUGAAGGUGUUUUGGGCAGCAUUGAGAAUUCUUUUCAGAAUUUCCAUGCUUUCUUGGAUCUCCUUAAAGAUGCUGGGUUACUUGGGCAGCUGGCCACAAUGGCUAGCAUAGAUGAGUCAGAUUUUCAUUUACUAGGUCGUCCCCAGAUGAAUUCUACUGUUAGUAGUCCACGUAAAGAAGAAAAGAAGCCACUUGAAGAAGAAAAAUCAGAAUCAAAACAGGAUGCCCCAGGACAAAUGCAAAAUCUCCAAUUUCAGAAAAUUACAGAUGAUGCUGGGAUUCCUUUGCCUCUCGACUCCUUCCAUGUCCCAGUCUCUACUCAGAAGGCCUUAGAAACUUCCAAAGACAACCUGGGGGUCGCAGUCACAGAGCAGCGGCAGGAGUCUUUUGAAGAUUUCAUUGCUAGAACAUGUUCUCCUUCAGCAGAUGUCAUUUCUGGAACUAGAAGUCAAAGAAAAGAAGAGGAAUUAUCUAGAAAUAGCAGGUCUUCUUCAGAGAAAAUGAGCAAAGCAGGUGAAUAUACGAAAAACUACUCUGCUAAGAAACAACCUGGGAAGGACCUGCAUUCCUGUUCUGACUCACCUGUAAAGCAGAAAAGCAAAGGAAUUGGGCAAAAUAAUUCUUUGGUUAAUAAACCAAUUAAAAGUGAGUCUUCGAAAAAACACAUUUCUGUUAAGAAAGAGAGUAGAAUAGUGACUUUCAUCAAAGACAACUAAAAAGUAAACUCAAUCUACUAGAACAUUCUGAAAGUGAUACUCCUGGAUCUGAUUGUGAAUUUCAAGAAAGCAUCCAUACUCUAUCACACCUAACAUAGGUCUAAAUCUUUUAAAAUUAUGUUUUUGCCUUCAAAUUUUAAUAAAUUACUUAUGUUUUUAUUAUAG